AGAGCCACCUGACCCGACCCGUGUCAGCACUGGGACUGCAUCGCCUGAGUUUGUUGUAGGGAAAUGGAGAACGUCUGCCUUGACAACUUAAUUUUAAAGCUUCACGAUGUGAAUGCGGUUAAGUUUGGGGAAUACAAGCUGAAGAGUGGCAUGAUCACGCCGAUUUAUGUCGAUUUGAGAGUCCUUGUUUCCCACCCGUCUCUCAUGAACCAGGUGUCAAGUCUCAUUUACCAACGUGCACAAGAAGAGGAGCUGAAGUUUGACUCUGUGUGCGGGGUUCCCUACACUGCUCUACCGCUGGCCACAAUCAUCUGCUCCAGACAUGAACUGCCCAUGCUCAUCAGACGGAAGGAGGCUAAGGAGUACGGAACCAAGCGCAUGGUGGAAGGAGCGUUUUGUGAGGGGGAAACGUGUCUCAUCAUAGAGGACACGGUGACUACCGGUACCAGCAUCCUGGAAACUGCAGAGGUGCUGUACAAAGAAGGACUGAAGGUGACAGAUGCCAUAGUACUGAUGGACCGCGAGCAGGGCGGCGUUGAGAUGUUGCGCUCUCAGGGAAUCCGACUCCAUCCAAUCAUCUCCAUGUUCAAGCUGCUCAACGUGCUGCUGGCGGCCGAGCGCAUCGAUGCCCAAACCGCCCAGAGCGUCCGCAAGUUUAUCCUGGCCAAUAACACUUUCAGCCCUAAAGAAGAGAAUGGUCAUUUUUCUCCAGUCUCCAAGAAGCCGUGUAAGGACCAAACCCAGGAGCUGAGCUAUGGAGCCAGAGCCAAACUGCCCAACACCCACCCACUUGCAUCCAAGCUGCUGAGGAUCAUGGAGGAGAAGCAGUCAAACCUCUGUGUGUCGGCAGACAUGGCGGGCCGCAAGGAACUCCUCCAGCUGGCAGACUCUCUGGGUUCAAAGAUUUGCCUCCUGAAGACCCAUGUGGACAUCCUACAGGACUACGCGCCAGGUUUUAACCAGGCAUUGACGGCCUUGGCUGAGAAACACAACUUCCUCAUCUUCGAGGACCGCAAGUUCGCUGACAUAGGCAACACGGUGAAGCACCAGUAUGAAGGGGGCCUGUACAAGAUUUCCUCCUGGUCCCAUAUAGUGAAUGCUCAUGCUGUGCCGGGCCCAGGUGUGGUGAAGGGCCUGAGCGCCGUGGGCAAACCCCUGGGUCGAGGUUGUCUGCUCAUCGCACAAAUGAGCUCCGAGGGCUCUCUCGCGACUGGAGAAUACACACAAGCGGCACUGAAGAUGGCAAAGGAGCACUCGGACUUUGUGUUUGGGUUCAUCUGUGGCUCUAACAUCAGCAGGCAGCCCGAGUUCAUCCACAUGACCCCUGGAGUGAAGAUGCAGGCUGGAGGUGAUGAUUUGGGACAGCAGUACGCUAGCCCUGAGGAGGUCAUCUGUAACAAAGGCUCUGAUGUCAUCAUUGUCGGACGGGGUAUCCUGGGGGCUGCUGAUAGGGUGGAAAUGGCUGAGUCAUACAGGAAGUCCGGCUGGGAGGCCUAUAGGAAGAGACUGGGACAGGCCUAACUGUAGUAGAGCAGGGAUGGUGUUUGCAUAAACUCCAAUACUGAAUUCUAAGUGAAACUCUGAAAAAAAUAUCCUCCAGAAGUACACAAACAUAAGCACCAGCACAUAUACGUACGUCUGUGCACUGCAUCUAUGCACACUUCAAAUGUAUUGCAACAUACACAGUUGCACACUCGCACAGACAUUAUAAAACUGUAUGGAAUGAAACAGAGCAGAUUGUUGAACUUAUUAAACACCAACGUGUUAUUUUAUUCCCUCCAGUUGAUGAGCUGCGAAACCUAUACUGACCUCUAACCUGCCAAUAUAUUCAGACCAUGGUAUGGGUACGCCAUGAUGUAUGGUAUGAGUGAAAAUGGUUUCCUGUGUUUCAGUUACUCAAGGAAUGCUUGAUUUGAUUGCUAAUGUACACAGCCUGAAACAUAUAGUCAUUGCUAGGUAAUGCUAAACCAUGGAUACUUAAUUGUGUUUUUGAUUUUUGUUUUUCUUCAAUAUAUAAUCCUUUUUAUUUUACCUGUGGUCUGUUUCUCUUUGCAGGGCACAGUGGAUUAAGGCUUUUAAAAGAGAUAAAAGUGGUCAUUCCUGACAACAGAUGAUAUCGCUGUCAAAUGAGUUGAUGCUUUAUAAAGCCCCAGCCUUAUUGUCCCUGUACAUAUUCCAGCAUGACAGAUUGCCAGUAGUUGGCAAACCCAUUUAAAAGCUAGCUCUUGUUUUAGACAAAAAGUAGUUGUAGAGGCGGCCGACUGAAUUCAGCUCGUGGUAUUGAACGUGCACUGUGUUUCACUGCCCGACUUGAAAGACAGAAAUUUAAGCAACUGUGGGGCAAGUACGGUGAAUCUGGUUAAUAACUAUCAACGAGCAACUUGCAAAGCCACAGAAGCACUUGUGUGCGAGAUUUCAAAUCGAACAAGAAAACAUUUCAUCCAUUGCAGAGGGGAGAUGAGAGGUGUGGGUUAGCCUGCCCUUAAACAUAAGGGACCAACAUAACAGCAUAUCCUCUUGGCUGUUUGGAGACAGAUUUAUUUGAUACAGCAGAGUGUAGUAGGCUAUAAUUUAUUGUACCGGAGGACCUUAGUCAUGUAGGUUAAAAAUACAAAUUGGGCUUCAAAUACUCCUUCAGCGCUGGGCCUGAAUUUAGUUUAGCUGUUGUUGUUUUGGCUGGGAGUGAAGUGGUGGUAUGACAUUUGUUCUAACCCGCAGUAUUUAUAUAAGCUUUCACUGGGGGGCAGGUGAUAUUAAAACCCUGUAUUAGUUCUUUUUUUUUUCAGUUUACCUCUUGACCAUCACAGCUGUGGAGGCAUGGGCAUGUUGGUCCAUACCAACUUUGCGGGUGAUGUGAAUGAAAUGGUCGAGGUGCUCCGCUGUGGACAUCUUAAAAUGUGAUUGGUGGUUUGAGACUUGGUCCUCAGCUCGGUGCAGUUUAUGCAGUGUUGUCCCACUGAUCCAUAACUGAAGUUAUUCACCCAUCUAUGACUUAUUGACCUCUCCUGCCUUACGUAUACGCUCGUCUUUGUUGAUUAUGAGCCAGAGCAGACUCUCGUCAGUCGAUGGUCACUGUCCAAUAGCUUGUAUGUAAAUUUGAAUGCUCGAAACGCCGUUUUUUGGGGGGGGUUGAGGGUCAUAAUGUUAAAUGCAGCAGAUAAGGUUGGACACCCAUACAGCGGCUCCAAGACCUGAUGUUUCCUCCAUUUAAAGGGACUUUUCUCAGUGUUUUCCCUCCUGUUUUUUGUUUGUUUGUUCGAUGACAAACUGUGAUGAUAUUCUCUUUGAUUAAAUACAUCUCAUUUGACUUGAGAACUGUCAUGUUAAGCAAGACAUUUCUCACUGAAUAUGCACUAAUGUGUAAUCUGUAGACAGUAACAUCUAUUUCUAAUACCAUGUGGCAAGGGGAUGAACCAUGUCAACAGCAAAUAAAGGAUAUUUUCUUC